AUGACGCUGGUUCGUCUUUUCAACCCAGACGAUUUCGUUACCAUUUACUUCAGUGAUCUGAAAUGUCCAAUACGGCCUGGCAUGGGAAUGAUGGCUCAUUAUAACGAAGUUUACAAUAACAAAAGACAAGGUCUACUCACGGGACAGGGUCAAAGUUGCCCUAUUUUCUUAAUCCUAAUUCUCUCUCUCUCUCACUCUCUCUCUCUCUCUCUUUUAAUGAAAAUUAAAAUCUUUCACAAGUACCUACGGGCCCUCUUAGUAAUUUUUUUUUUGCUCUCUCUCUCUCUUUCUCUCUCUCUCUAUCUAUCUAUCUCUAUCUCUCUCUAUCUCUCUCUCUUUAAUUUAACUCCGUUCUCGUCAACGGCGCACCCUAUCUCCUAUCUGUUGUUCUCCUCACGGAUCUGCCUCGUCCCCACUACUGCCUGUCCUCUGUCCGCUGCUUCGACCUCUGAUUCUUCUUUCUCUGCUCCUUCUUUGAUAGCAGUCCUUUUUAUUGAAAAAAAUUGA